UGGAAGGAGAUGACAACCAUCAAGUCAUAAGCUUUCUCUCUCCAUCAACAUCCCUGUGCUUGUUAACUCGGCUACCCUCGACGUGCUGCUCCCUGUAAGACAUCCAUCCGUAGCUCAGCUCAAAUACAUACACAUCCAACAGCUUUCCGGCGACCAUGCCCAUGUUUCACUCGCCCUGCCUCCCCACCCAAAGCCGGUCCAAUCCCCACCACCGACCCCGGCUCACCGCCAGCCGGAUUCGAGAAAGCCUGACGACCCGGUUCACCAAGUGCGUCUGCUCCCUCCUCCUCACCCUCCUCCUCAUCGUCGGCAUCGUCGUCUUCGUCCUCUGGCUCAACCUCCGUCCUCACCGACCCCAUCUGCACAUCGCCGAGUUCGCCGCCCCCGGCCUCGCCGACCCGGCCGGUCUGUCCGACUCGGUCAUUUCAUUCAACGUCACGGACCGGAACCCGAACCAGAAGAUCGGCAUCUACUACGACGCCAUGGUCGGCUCGGUCUACUACAGGGAUCGGCUGGUGGGGUCCGGACAGGUGAUGUUUCCGUUCUACCAACCGCCGAAGAACACGACGGCGAUCACGGGGCAGAUGGCGGGGGCGCGAAUCGCCGCCGGGGGCACCUUGGCGGCUCAAUUGGCGGGGGACGUGGCGAGGGGGCGGAUCGCGCUGCGGUUCGAGCUCGGCUCGACCAUCCGGUUCAAGGUGAAGACGUGGGACACCCACCGACACCAUUUGCAUGUGGAGUGCGACGUGGUCGUGGGCUCCGACGGCGGUGCUCUGCCGGAGUCCAAGAACAAGAGGUGCCCCAUCUACUUCAUUUGAAACCUCGCCAUCGUUUCUUCUUUCCAUGCUUCAUUUCUGGUUUGUAUGAGCUCUCUCGUUCUGCGAUGCCGUCAAUGGAUUCCUUGAGACGUGGGACAACGCAUCCAGAAUUGGCAUUACAAAGGACAACAUCAAUUUAAUAUUUCACAUUUAUGUAGCAGUGGAUUCCCCGUCCAUCAAAUGCAAGAGUGAACAAGUGUCAGUAUUAGAUACGAACAAGAAAUCCAACACCCCCUUCUCCGAUUUGCUGCUCAAUGUGUGUUAAAUUUGAACCAGCUCUCGCAAGACAUUUGUUACUUCAUCCAAUCCCUGAGGUUAUUUUCUUCGUAUUCAUCGGAUUU